UUAACCUUCUAUCGCCGUCGCCGUCGCCGGAGAAUCUCAAUCCCAUUCCAAUCGCCGUCCGUCUCCACCGUUGCAGAAGGGGAUUUAAACAAUCAUGCUUCUCGGUGAAAACUCUGUCCACGAGACGUACUACGAGAUUCUCUCCGUGAAAGAGGAUGCGAGCUAUGAAGAAAUCCGAAAUCGCUACCGUUCCGCUCUCCUUCGCUCUCAUCCUGAUAAAAUCAACACUUCUCGUUGUAGCUCAGACGAAAAGUUUCUGAAGAUCCAAAAGGCGUGGGAGGUUUUAAGCGACGCCGAGCUACGUGUGGUUUACGACAAUGACCUUCGAUCUUCGAGACAGGACGGGAUCACUGCUGAUGAGAUUAGCGUAGAGGAUAUGUCAGUUGAGAUCGCUGGAGAAGGUGAAGUUAUGGAGAUUUUUUAUCAGUGUAGGUGUGGUGAUUACUUCUCUGUUGAUUCCUCUGAGCUAGAGACUAUGGGUUUUGCAUUCUUAAGAGAUGGAGAUUGUGUUAAAGUUAGGAGAUUAGGUGCUUUUGUUGCGUCUGUUGUUCUUCCUUGUGGAUCUUGCUCUUUGAAAACCCGAGUUUGGGUUGAUUCGGAUAUGAAGAUUCCUCUCCAAGAUGAUCAAUUGUGAGCAAUGUGGUGAUCUGGGUUUAGGGUGAAAUACGUAUAUUCUGGGUUUGAGGAUUCUCUCGUCAA